GAACAGGGGAUGGAGCUAAUGAGAGAAGGGAGAGAAAACGUAGAAGAAAAAGAUCCUAUGACACAAACCCACCGGUUUUACAUUUCCUCAUUCAUCACAACAACUUUUCGGAGUUCCUCAACUUCUUUAGAUACCAGUAGCAAUCCACCCAAGUCAACUAAACCCAUACCGAGCACAACUACCCUCACAUCGAAAGACCCAUGCUACCGAUCCCCUCAUAUCACCAA